AUGGUGGACGGGAAACAACCAAAAACGCUGUACGAUAAAGUGUUCGACGCACAUGUGGUACACAAGGCGGAUGACAAUGACUCCUAUUUGAUUUAUAUCGAUAGACACAUCGUCCAUGAGGUCACAUCACCACAAGCGUUUGAAGGUCUAGUCAAUGCUGGGAGACAGGUGAGAAGAACAGAUUGUACACUGGCUACUGUCGACCACAACAUUCCAACGGAAUCUCGGAAGAACUUCAAGUCGACUGACACUUUCAUCAAAGAACGCGACUCUCGCUUACAAGUGAAGACUCUUGAACAGAAUGUCAAAAUUCACAAAAUUCCAUUCUUUGGGAUGACCCAGGCGGAACAAGGUAUCGUCCAUGUUAUUGGUCCCGAACAAGGUUUCACCUUGCCGGGAACAACCGUUGUUUGCGGGGAUUCUCAUACCUCCACUCACGGAGCUUUUGGUUGUCUGGCCUUUGGGAUUGGUACCUCGGAAGUUGAACAUGUUUUAGCAACCCAAACAAUCAUUCAAACCAAGUCCAAGAACAUGAGAAUUUUGGUUAAGGGAAAAUUGAAACCAGGCGUCACCUCUAAGGAUUUGAUGCUCCAUAUUAUCGGCGUAAUCGGUACUGCAGGAGGUACCGGCUGUGUGAUGGAGUUUGCUGGUGAAGCUAUCGAAGAUCUUUCUAUUGAGGCCCGUAUGUCUAUGUGCAAUAUGUCCAUCGAAGCUGGUGCGAGGGCUGGUAUGAUAAAGCCCGACGAAAAGACUUUCCAGUACUUGAAGGGUCGGCCAUUAGCGCCAAAGGGUGAGGAGUGGGAAAAAGGUGUUGCGUUUUGGAAAACUCUAUUUUCUGAUCCAGAUGCAAAGUUUGACGAGGAGGUAAUCAUUGACGCCAACGAAAUCGCACCAACCAUUACCUGGGGCACGUCUCCACAAGAUGCGCUACCUAUUACUGCCUCCGUACCAGAUCCUUCUAAAGUUGACGACCCAACCAAGAAAUCUGGCAUGGAAAGAGCCCUUUUCUAUAUGGGCUUGAAGCCUAAUGUUCAGUUGGAGUCUAUUGAGAUUGAUAAAGUAUUUAUUGGUUCCUGUACGAACUCUCGUAUCGAGGACUUGAGAAAUGCUGCUGCUGUGGUUAAGGGUCACAAAAUUGCUCCAAAUGUUAUCAGAGCCAUGGUUGUUCCAGGUUCUGGUCUGGUUAAGAGACAAGCUCAAAAGGAAGGCCUUGACCGCAUUUUUGAAGAGGCUGGGUUUGAGUGGAGAGAGGCAGGCUGCUCUAUGUGCCUAGGUAUGAACCCAGAUAUUUUGCAACCCCAUGAAAGAUGUGCAUCGACAUCGAACAGGAACUUCGAGGGUCGUCAAGGUCCCUUAGGUCGUACUCACUUGAUGUCGCCAGCAAUGGCAGCAGCAGCCGGUAUUAAAGGUCGUUUGACCGACAUCAGGAAGUUUGAGUACAAGAACGGUGAUAUGGCGAAAAUUGAGGUGGAAGAAACGGAAGAGGAUCAAGUUUUGCAAGAUGAAACUUAUGAUCACAAAGAACCAACUCAGCCUCCAGAGGCCACAGAAGAUGCUGCGAAUGACAAGGUUGAUGACAUUCCGGUUUCUACUUCUACAAAGGUUGCAUCUGCUCCCGCGGGUAUGAAACCGUUCGUAACCCUAACUGGUAUCGGUGCACCUUUGGAUAAAGCAAACGUUGAUACUGAUGCUAUUAUCCCUAAACAAUUCCUAAAAACAAUAAAGAGAACGGGUUUGAAAAAUGGGUUGUUUUACGAAUGGAGAUUUACCAAGGGUGACGACAAUAACGAUAAACCGACUGACUUUGUGCUAAAUGUUGACCCAUGGACUAAGGCAGAAGUUCUAGUUGUUGGAGGAGACAAUUUCGGUUGUGGCUCUUCUAGAGAACACGCACCUUGGGCCUUGAAGGAUUUUGGUAUCAAAUCCAUCAUUGCUCCAUCUUUCGGUGACAUUUUCUAUAAUAACUGUUUCAAGAAUGGACUGUUGCCCAUUCGCGUGGAAAAGAAUAUUAUCACUGACACACUGCUCCCGAUCGCCAAAGCUGGUGGUAAGUUAACCGUGGAUUUACCAAGCCAAACAAUUUCUGAUGAAAAGGGUAAUGUUCUAGUUGACAACUUUGAAAUCGAGUCCUUCCGCAAGCAUUGUUUGGUCAAUGGUUUGGACGAUAUUGGCCUAACGUUGCAGUUGGAGGACUACAUUACCAAAUACGAAGAUAUUAGAAAAACGAAGUACUCUUUCUGGGAAGGAGGAUCGUCUUUGUUGAAUUCUGCUACUCCAUACAAAGAACAAAAGCCAAUCAGCACUUACAACUCUAUCCACCAAAACUGGUGA